UUAUUAGCAGUCAGCUAUUAGUGUGCAGGCCAUUUACACUCUUAAAUUAAUAUAAAAUACAAAGUUCUAAUUUAAUUAAUAUAAAAUAUUAUAAAGAAGUACUUUUAACAUUUUUCUCGGAUAUUAUUGAAUGGUUGUUCAGAAUGAUAUCCCUUCAAUACUUAGUAUUUAUAGCAUUGGUGCUUAAAAUAGUAAUAGGACAAUCAAAUGAAGGUUGCAUAAACCCCAAAAAUGAAAACGGAUAUUGCAUUAAUAUAAAAAGAUGUACGUUGCUAACAACUAUGUUACAAAACGACAGAAGAAAUGCUACUGUUAUCAAGUUCGUUCGAGAUUCUGCAUGUGGUUAUGAAGGACGGGAUCCAAAAGUCUGUUGUCCGAUAAGAACCGAAGUAUCUAACAACAAUAAUAACGGGAAUAAUUGGAGCAGUGGUAACACAAAUAAUGGUAAUAAUUUGAACAACGGAAAUGUAAACGUAAAUAGUGGUUUAGGAAACGGUGGAACACCCACAAGACCAGAAAGUUUUUCAAAUUAUGAAACUGUAUCAUCCUCAAAAUUGCCAUCGAGAAGUUCAUGCGGCCGUAUUAAUGCUACACUUGGCAAUAAGAUUGUGGGAGGUCAACCAGCAGCAUUAGGAGAUUGGCCGUGGAUUGCUGCCAUAGGAUAUACAAGCAUCAAUGCACCAAAUAACCCUCCACAAUGGUUGUGUGGCGGUACUUUGAUUUCUGACAGAUACGUUGUAACAGCUGCUCAUUGCACAGUAGGAAUAGGUCAGAGAAAAAUUUCCGUUGCACGGUUAGGCGAUUUGGACUUAGACUCAGACGUUAAUGACGGGGCCAGUCCAGUUGACGUUCCUGUCGAAAGAGUCAUAACACAUGAAAAUUAUAAUAGCCAAGAUUAUACCAAUGAUAUUGCAGUUCUCAAAUUGAAACGCUCAGUUUCGUUCAAUUAUCUGAUUCAACCUAUCUGUUUACCAAUUAUGUCUGAUAUAAGAGCUAACCAAUUUGUUAAAUACAUACCAAAGGUAGCUGGAUGGGGUACUACAUCAUACAGAGGACCUACCAGUACUGUAUUGAUGGAAGCUCCAGUGCCUGUAGUGGAAAAUGCUGAAUGCAAACGCGCCUAUGCUAAUAAAAAAACAGUUAUUGACGAAAGAACUUUAUGCGCUGGGUACAAAGCUGGAGGAAUAGAUGCUUGUCAGGGAGAUUCUGGUGGCCCUUUAGUUACACCAAUUUCAGCUCAAAAUUACUUGAUUGGAGUUGUGUCUUUUGGAUUCAAAUGUGCAGAUCCCGACUUUCCAGGAGUGUAUUCAAGAGUAUCAUAUUUUGUCGAUUGGAUAGUUGAAAAGAUAAAUAAUAGUUAUAUUUAUUUGUUUACUUGGGAUUUUGUAGUACGUUGUAAAAAACUCAACGAAACAAUCAAUCAACGUUCUACAAUCCAAACGAUUUCCUUUAACAAAACUUUGUCCUAUUCUAAGUUACCAUCAUCAAGUUCUUGUGGUCGUAUAAAUGCAUCCCCAAGUUUUAGAAUCAUUGGCGGCCAACCUGCUGAAUUAGGAAAUUGGCCGUGGAUUGUUGCCUUAGGAUAUACAAAUAAUAAUACACCAAAUAAUCCUCCAGGAUGGUUUUGCAGUGGUACAUUGAUAUCUGAUAGAUAUGUUGUAACAGCUGCUCAAUGCGUGGUAGGAGGAAUAGGUCAAAAAAAACUUUCUGUCGUUCGCUUAGGAGAAUUGGACUUAAACUCUGACAUUAGUGAUGGAGCUAGUCCAAUCGACGUUCCCGUUGAAAAAGUUUUGAUACACGAAGAAUACAAUAGUCGAACACAUGCCAAUGAUAUAGCAGUCCUUAAGUUAAAAAAUUCAAUUUCAUUUAACAGUUUGAUUCAACCAAUCUGUUUACCAAUUAGUUCUGAUUUAAGAACUAAAAAAUUUGUUAAAUCCAUACUAAAGAUAGCUGGGUGGGGUACUACGUCUUACCGUGGUUCUCAGAAUACAAGGUUGAUGGAAGCUCCCGUUUCUGUUUUCGAUAACGUUGAAUGUCAAGACGUUUAUGCCAAUAAAAGUAUUGUCAUUGACGAAAGAAAUGUAUGCGCUGGUGACAAAAAUGGUCAAACGGAUUCUUGUCGGGGAGACUCUGGCGGACCAAUGGUUGUAGAAGUUAAAGCACAGCAUUACUUGAUUGGAGUUGUGUCUUUUGGAGUUAAAUGUGGAGAUCCAAAUUUCCCUGGAGUGUAUUCAAGGAUAGCAUAUUUUGUCGACUGGAUCGUCAAAACAAUGAAUAGUAGUUAAUAUUCUAAUAAUCUGUAAAUUUUAAACCACGGAAAAAAAUUUUAAAUGUACUAUGUUAUUUUAAAUUGAAUAAUCUUUUUAUAUUUUAAUAAAUAUAUUAAUGUUUAUAUAAUUACAAAAUUUAA